GACGUUCAGAUCACUUUGAUUCGUCAGCAACAACCACUUUUCGCCGCAACAUUUGAUAUGGCUUGUGUUUCUCCUAAAAGCACUAGUUCGCGAUCUAACACAAGAAAGUCACUUUACUUGUGGGAAUUUCUUUUUGGUUUGUUGGAAGAUGAAGAAUGUUCAUCAGUUAUUACUUGGGUCAAGAAACGUGAGGGUAUAUUUGCUUUACGAAACACAGAAGAACUGGCCAAAUUAUGGGGUACUGUCAAGAACAGACCAAAGAUGGACAAGUACAAAAUGUUUAGAGCCAUGAGGACAUAUUACAACAGAGGGAUGCUAAAAAAGGUGAAAGGACAUAAAGGUGUUUAUCAAUUUCUGUCCAUACCAUACGAGACAGAAGGAUGUGAUCAACAAGUAGAUAGCUUUGGUCAAAUAAAUGCUAGUCGUGGGUUACCAGAUACCACUGAUAAUAAAAAAGAAGUCGUUUGUGGAACAACCUCAGAGUAUCUAAAAAGUACAGAAAACAAUCUUGAAAGAAUCACAGACAAUUGUGAACAAAUGGAGCACAGUCUUAGUGAAUCAAAUGGAUACCGCGAAAGAACUCAAAGUUCUGCUUCAGAAUAUUCUUUCUCCAGUGAUUGCAGUGCCAAAAGUUUGGAAGAUCAACAAAUAGACUUAAACGAUCUAUUCGAUAAGAGUGAUUCAUACUCGUCGUGUUUGAGUCAUCCUUAA